UCGCAGCCGUCCAGAGCGGAGUUUACCAUCGGGGACUUGCUUGACGUUUAACGAGGCGAGAGAACUGUAUAUAUAAGUCGGGUGAAGUCAGUGGGCUUUCCUUAUUUUGCUUAUUUGUUCAAAUUGGCUUCUUCGUCCUCUUUGCUUCAUCGCAUUUCCACCCUUCCAUAAAUACACACACACACUCUCUCUCUAAUUCUCUCUUGACCUUUGCCGAAGAGAAGCGUUUCUGACUAUUCGAUUCUGAUUCGAAGCUUAUUAGAGAGAAUAGAGAUGAUGAUGAUGAUGAUAUGAAUGAAUUAGCAUGAUAUGUGUGUGUGCAUGGAGCAGUUGGCUUGUUCUGGAGAAAAGUUGACUCAUAUAGCAAACAAAAUUUGCUGUAGAUAUCACUAUAUUAGUUGAACUUCUUAGGGAUUCCAUCGUUACUUUGGGAGAAGAUUAACUCUUUUAAGGGGAUGGCUGGCCAAGAGCAUGAGUCUGGUAUUAUGCAGUGGGCUCUUAGUCUACUUGAUGGCGAUCCAGGUUAUAAUACUGUCUAUAAUGGUGACAUGAUACAACACGAUGCUAAUGACAUCUACCAUGGACAAUAUUUUAGAGGUCAAUAUGGUACUGAAUCUAACCAUGUAGAGAAUGAUGAGAUCAUUGCACACACACUUCAAGAAGAAUAUUCACGACUAUCUGUAGCAGAAGCCUCUCGAUACUCACAUGGAGAUGAAGAGCAAUCACAAGCAUCUACUUAUGCAGAUGAUUGGUAUAGUUUGUCCAGAAGGAACUAUUGUUCAGACAGUGAUUAUCCAAAUGAAGGAGCAUGCACAGUGGUGCCUUCUAGUUCAUGUUCUAGCCCAGGUCGUUUGGAGUUAACUGAUGAGUGUGCAGUUGACGGUGAAGUAGGCUGGAGCUUCAAUGAAAUGAUGCCCGUUCCUCAUAUUCCUAGAAUUAAUGGAGAAAUUCCUUCAAUUGAUGAAGCUACUUCAGAUCAUCAGAGGCUGCUUGACAGACUGCAAUUAUAUGGCGUCGUGGAGCGUAAGGUUCAAGGAGAUGGUAACUGUCAGUUUAGUGCUUUAUCAGACCAAUUGUAUCACUCACCAGACCACCACAAUGAUGUGAGAAGGAAAGUUGUAAAUCAGCUUAAGUCUCACCCAGAAAUUUACGAGGGAUAUGUUCCUAUGGCAUACGAUGACUAUUUGGAGAAGAUGUCAAAGAGUGGCCAGUGGGGUGAUCAUGUUACAUUGCAGGCUGCUGCUGAUUCGCAUGGUGUGAAAAUAUUUGUCUUCACUUCUUUUAAGGAUACAUGUUGCAUAGAGAUUCUUCCUAAUGUCCAAACGUCAAAACAAGUUAUUAUGUUGAGUUUCUGGGCAGAGGUGCAUUACAACUCAAUUUAUCCUCAAGAAGGUACACCCUCAGAUGAGUAUAGAAAGAAGAAAAAGUGGUGGAUAUUUGGGAAUAAAAAUUAGGAAUCUUUGGACAGCAUAGCAUCUUAUUUGCCUUCGAUUGUAGCUAUUGCUGUUUCCAAAACUGGGUAGAUCCUUGGUUCAGGACCCACAAAAUUCUGAGUUCGUCCAGGCUGGAUUAUCUCAUUGGCGAGUUGGUAUCUUUUCUCUUUUCCAAACUUUACUAUUAUUACGAUUGGGUUGCAUGUGUGAAUUUUAUCAUCAUGCUAGAACCGUCUGACAUUGUUCCGACCGUUAAAGUAGGAUAAUUAGUUUUAUACAUGUUCAAAAAAGAAAGGAGUAUGCACAAAUAUGGAAAUGUGAAACAUAUAUUAGAUACUUGAAAUGAAAGUAUCGGUAUCAUGGAAAGUAUGCAAUUUAUAAGGACACAGAAAAGUCCAAUGUAGUCGGUGAGCACUAGGAAAUGGAAAGCACAAUAAUCAUGGAGCAAAUUGUUCUGCCAUUAUGUCUAGAGCCAUAGUGAGACGAAGGGGACCAACGUCAUGAGCAUAAAUAAUAUGGUUAGAUUCUGGAUUUUUGGCGACAUAUAGAGAUGGGAACGAAGGUUGUUAUAACCUUUCGGUCAUUUAUCUUGUACAGUCGAUUCUUUUUUAUGGGGAAAUAUAUGCUGUGCUUGUUGCUUGAGGAGCCAUGCAGUGAUUUGAAGGAUAUAUUUGCAACUUGGAGAAUAAAAUUGUCUUUAUAUGGUUUACUUGCUGGAUAUCUUGCUUAUAUAAUACAAGUCCUGAUUGGAAGUAAAACCCUGUUGAAUUAUUUUUAAUUCCAUAUAUAAAAGAAAUUUUCUCUCCCUAACGAAUUAGCAUCUCUUUCCUACUUUACUAUGGUUUGAGUUACAUAGUUGCCCACGUUUAUGUAAUAUUAGAACUAAUGUGAUAUAUAUUCAACGAAGCACGACAAAUAUGUUACUCUUUGCUAUAAUGAUUUGCACUUCCACACACUUUGUUGCCUUGUUGAAAGCGCAUCUUGUUGAGUCCAUACGACAGUGUGCAGCUGAAUUUGGAAAAUGGUGGUGGCCAUUAUUUUACGUCAUGUACUUAUGAUAGUUACGGUGCAAUUACCCAAAGGUCACUGGUGAAGUAUAUGCUUCAAUGCAGAAUGGUCCAGUUUCAGAAACAGUGCAAAACCAGUACAAUAGAUAUAGGUUUUUUUUUGCUUUUGAUUUGAACUGUGAAUGUUCGUUCUGCUUAUAACACAAGCCUGUUUGCUUCUUGAAUA